GCGGCGCGCGGCCGCCGUUUGAAUUCCGGCGGGCGGGCGGUGCCGUCUGCGGCGGAGAUGGCGGUGCUGCGGCCGUUGGACAAGCUCCCGGGGCUCAACUCCGCCGCCCUCCUGCUGGUGGGCUCGGACGAGGAGCUCCAGCAGAAGCUGGCGGAGGCGAUCCUCCAGGAGAAGAGGGACUUCAAAAUCAGCAUUCACAUUGCUACAUCCCUCCCCUUACCUUCAGAGAGGGAUCACCUUCGGCCCAGGAUAGAUCUGAUUGUGUUUGUGAUUGACAUCAAGAGCAAAUGCAGCUUGAAGAAUGUCGAAGCUUCCCUAGCUUAUGUGGAUGCCACCUUCUUCCUGGGGAAAGUCUGCUUUCUUGUCACUGGGGUUGGCAGGGUGAAUUGUUGCAGCAUUGAGACGAAUGCCAUCUGUAAACUGGGAGAAGCCUACUGCAGUCCUAUGCUAUUCUGUGAGCUGGAGCUGGAAGGCGUACGAGUUUCCACUGCUCAACGACUUCUCCGAAUGUUACAGAUCUGUGCUGGUCUUGUACCGGGAUUUUCUGCCUUGUCCUUUAGCUUACUGAUGAGAAACUCUGCUGAUGAUUAGCUUCUCGUUGUGAUAAUUCAGCCACGUUUGUCAGAUUUUUUUUCACUUCAGGCAUUCAAGCUGCUGCAGUUGGAAUCACAUUGGGGAGCCUUUUUGCCUGACUUGUCACAACCACUCAUCCAGAACUGUUCCUAGUUGCUUAUCUCUCAAGAAAAGCUUGAUUCCUAUUCAGUGGAUAGCGUAUAGGUGCUGUGAGAAGGGCAGUUUGAAUUGGGGAUUCUUAUCCUUUGUUACAUCUGAACGCCAUUUCAUGAUCAAGUUUGAGUUUCAUCCACUUGGCCAGUGGCCAGGAGCUACAUGUUUUUCUGAGAGAAUAUCAGAAGAAUAGGCUACUAUUUCCAAAGUCCUAGGGAAGAGGCAGCAGACUCCUGCUUCCUUCCAGUUGAAAUACAGCACCUUGGACUAAUGUGAAACCUUGCUGCCAGGUUUUGUCUCUCCACCAAGAGAGGAAUAAGGAAGGAAGGCUGGCCUGCAGCUUCUAGAUAGACCGCACCUGGCAGUUAAUAAUCCAGCUGUGUGAGCAUCUGCGCAUCAAAGGGCUCAGUAUUUCCAUGUCUGAUACUAACUGAGGAGGAAUGGACUAAAGAAGAUAAUCUAGCACUUUAACUUUCUUUUAGAUCUUUGAAGAAAAAGACUCUACCUGUCAAGCCCAGGAUAGCCCCAGCAACCCAGCCCCCAGGGCUGAGCAGAGUUCAGAUGCAGCAGACUGGACCACAGCAGCACAUAGAAAACACAUGUCUGUACGUUUGGCACAUGCUGUGUAUAAUCUCUUUACUAUCAUAACAGGUUCUUAGCAGCAUUAAGUCAUGCCUUAUUCUUACUGCAAGUCACUAGUGUUUGAGAGUUCUAAUUUAAUAAAAUGAGUAAUAUUUAA